CCAACAGACGGUUUCAAGCUCCCCGCGACGGCAGCAGCCCCUGUUCGGAUCGGCAAUGUUGAGGAUGGAUGUAGCCUGCUAGAAAAAAAUACACCGGGGCACAGUGAGAGAGAACACUACUGCUGUGUAGCUAUGGAGAUCGUACGUGGUCGCUUUCUUUGACAGGUGUCGGAACCGGACUGAAUAAAAAGUAUCGAAACCAGCUUCAAAGAUGUACGCCAAGGGGAAAGGUGCUGUUGUGCCCUCAGAUAACCAAGCAAGAGAAAAGUUAGCGCUGUACGUAUAUGAGUACCUGCUGCAUGUAGGAGCACAGAAGUCUGCACAGACCUUCUUGUCAGAGAUACGAUGGGAAAAGAAUAUUACGUUAGGAGAGCCUCCAGGAUUCCUGCACUCGUGGUGGUGUGUAUUCUGGGAUUUGUAUUGCGCUGCGCCGGACAGACGGGAGAACUGCGAACACUCCAGCGAGGCCAAGGCCUUCCAUGAUUAUAGUGCGGCAGCUGCCCCCAGUCCUGUGAUGGGGAAUAUGCCUCCUAAUGAUGGUAUGCCAGGAGGACCCAUGCCGCCUGGAUUCUUCCAGGGUCCGCCAGGCUCCCAGCAGUCUCCUCACGCACAGCCCCCCCACGGCAUGGGACCACACGGACAGCCUUUCAUGUCGCCACGGUUUCCAGGUGGACCCCGCCCCUCUCUCCGAAUGCCAAAUCAGCCUCCCGGGGGAAUCCCUGGUUCUCAGCCUCUCCUGCCAAACAGCAUGGACCCCACCAGACCACAAGGACAUCCUAAUAUGGGCGGGCCAAUGAGAAUGAACGCUCCACGAGGAAUGGGGCCCAUGGGUCCACAGAACUACGGGGGUAUGAGACCCCCUCCUAACUCCAUGGGUGGUCCUAUGCCUGGGAUGAACAUGGGACCUGGUGGUAGAGGACCGUGGCCUGGUCCCAAUGCGAACUCAAUACAAUACUCCUCCUCAUCUCCCGGCCACUAUGUGGGUCCUCCAGGAGGAGGGGGGCCGCCCGGAACUCCCAUCAUGCCCAGCCCAGGUGACUCCAACAACUCCAGUGAAAACAUCUACACUAUGAUGAACCCUAUAGGACCUGGAGGAAACAGACCCAACUUCCCUAUGGGCCCGGGGCCUGAUGGACCGAUGGGAGCUAUGGGAGCCAUGGAACCUCACCACAUGAACGGCUCACUAGGCUCUGGGGACAUGGACGGGUUGCCAAAGAACUCUCCUAACAACAUGGGGGGUAUGAGCAACCCCCCCGGGACGCCGCGGGACGAUGGAGAGAUGGGUGGAAACUUCCUCAACCCAUUCCAAAGUGAAAGUGCUUCUAGGACAGCCCUGGGGCAUGCUGGGCCUCUAGUGAAGGAGGAGCUUCCCGACGCUGUCUGUGGCCUAGACAGGAAACAGAGACACAGGAAGUCCCUACUCUCUAACCCUGCCCCCUGCCUCUCUGACUUCUUGUCAGGGUCUGGACAAUGAGAGAGGGGAUGAUGGAGAGACUGGGUAACAUGGACACCCUUCGGGACACAGCAUGGUAGGGUUCUGUCAGUAGCUGUCUGGAAGCUUGACAAACAUUUACAUUGGCAUUCACUUUUAUUUUGAUGUUUUUAUUUGUUUCUAAUGGAUUUGAUUGUGUUUCUAAUGGAUACAGGGAUGAAUCUCGAAUGAUCCCCUUUUCCCUAUGUAGUGCACUACUUUAGAGGAAUAGGGUGUCAUUUGAGACGUAGACAUGGAAGUGUCGUCUAGCCCCCCUCCCCCCUCCUUCACUCUGUGUAUACAUUAAAAACACAAGUGUUGUGAUGUUUUACAUUACUCUGUAUGUAAUGUAUUAUUGCUAUUUUAUAAUAUUUUAUUGUUAUGAUUUAAUAAUAUUAUGAUUCUGUUUAUUUUAAAAUGUAGGAUUUAAUUUCUGGAGGUUUUUUGUUGUUGAAAUGGCAUGCAUCCACUGAUGACCUCUUCGUUAGUAACUUCACAGGACGGUGAACCUUCACUAGUCUCCUUAAGGAAAACCCACAGGAUAUACACAAUCUACUGCCCAGUCAGAGAACAGCACCUUGGUCCAUCAUGGUACUUUAAAUUGUAAUGUCCCUCUCCAUCCCCCCCGAGAAGGCGUUUUCUCUGUAGUAGACUAAGUGACCCUGAACAUGCAGAGGAUGCACAGUUGUAUUUAUUUGUUUAAUCUUCCUUAGAACAGGUUGACAAUAAGUCUCUCAAUCUGCACACUCCGAAAUCACUCGGCACCAAUCAGCAUCCACCUAGAGGAAGACAUCUUGGAGGUGUCUGGUUUUUGUUUUUUAUUUAUUUUCUUUUACCCAGAGGGCAGUUCUUCUGACCUUCUGUGAAAUUAUUCUGCUUGAAUGCUUAAACAGAGCUGAGCCAAUCAGGAGGUGGUGUGGCAAUUGCCAUGGUAACUGGCAAGACCCCCCCCCUCAAGAGGACAACGUUUGUCCUUACUCUCACACACAACCAACCAAUCGGCCUACCUACACCCUCCCCCUCCCCAACCACCUCUCUCUCCUUUUGUGCCGUCUCCAUCUGUCUUUGGUUUGUUUUGUAAAUACUGUAAAGUGAAUUUUGAUAUCAUGACAUGUUUUGAUAUUUCCGUCACAACCAAUGACCUGCGAAAUGAGUUGAUUCAGAGCAACUUGGUUUGAAAAGAGACUGUGUUUUUACAGUACCUCACUGUUCAACUCAGACACAACUAGGGCCAGGAGCAACCCUCUAUAUUGGAUCAUUAUGUAGUUAAGAACUACAUCUAACGUUAGAGUCCUGAAUAUUUCCUGGCCAGGUCAAGCUGUUAGGGAAAUCUCCUGUCUCUCGUAACGAUAGAUGAAAAGAAAAUGAUUGUUUUCUAUUAAGGAUUUUUCUGUAUUUGAAUUGAGAAAAGAUGUUAAAUCACAGGUUCUUAAUAAUAUGGAGAGGGUUAAGGGGGGAAAAGGCUUCUGGUGUAGUUUGAGAUACUGCUGUAUAGAUUCAACUCUGAACCAUAUUCACUAAAGGCAAAUCGGAAAUGCACCCAAUUCCCCUAUAUAGUGCACUACUGAAGCCAAAAGUAGUGCACUACAUAGGGAAAUUGGGUGCCAUUUGGAACGCGCCCUAGUUUCCACCAGUGCAAAGUGUUUAUUGUUGGAAGAGGAUAAUUAUUGGAAAACGAACCGUGAAACUGUUUCGUUUUUAAAAUGUGAGAUAUAUUUACUUACCAUAACUAGGGCUAGGAGUGUUUUAUGUGCCCUUGUCAGUGGAGGCUGCUGAGGGGAGGAUGGCUCAUAAUGUCUGGACUGGAGCGUGGAAUCAUGUUUGUAUGUAACAUUUCACUGAUUCGGGCUCCAGCCAUUAGCACAAGCCUCCGUCCCCAAUUAAGGUGCACCGACCUCCUGUGGUCCUUGUCAUUUCAUGUGCUCUGGAAAAACUCAUGGCCCUACUCAUGACCUUCUUUUGACCUUUCCACUCUGCCCAUACGGAAGAGGACGCCUCUUUAUCUGUGACCGCAUGGGCAGCGCCAUUGGGGCUACAACCCAUAGGAACCCCCAUCCGGUUGAGUAUGGCAGAAGCCCUCAAUGGCGCUGCCCAUGCUAAAACGGCAUUUUGGCCACUAUUAGUCUCUAUGGCUCUACCUUUUUUUUUCAAGUUGUUUCCUGACUGUAACCUGUUCAGGGAAACUCAACAGGGAAACUCAACGAAAAAUCAACGUUGUCACAUUGUUGAUCAUUUCUGUCUUUCUAUGGUGACGUAUAAUACUGUUUCAUUCUGGGUUGAAAGGAGGGGACAGCGGGCGAGGAAACAUUUGACUGUUCCUUGGGUUUGUCCAUCUCGCUAGUCUAAAGUAGCGUCCUCCUCUCCCUUCACCUGCACCGACGUGGACGAUGGAUCUGUGCAGACGGAGGAGAUGACGUGAGGAGAGGAAGCCACUUUAAAUUUGAGCUGCAGGCCAUGUUUUUCUCUGACGACAAAGCCGCUACGAGGCAGUUUGUUUUUCCAGAACAUUUAGGCCAUUCCAAUGAUCCUGUGUUUUUAAAUUCUGUUAACCCUUUUUAGAUUGGGUGCCACCUUGAUUUGAAGAUCCAACUGAAAGAACUUUGACCAUCUCUUGCUGUGUAUAUAAAUGAUCCCAUGACAUUUGGUUGGAAUAUUGCCAUGUUCAGGUUAUUUUCAAAAGCAGCGGGAACAUAAUCUAAGGGGCCAACAUGGUAUCAUGCCAAUCUGGAUAAAACAUGGUGAAGAACUGCUUCCUGGGUUUGCUUUGUAUUUCCUGAUAGGCUAGUUUCUACUCCUAAAUGUCUUGUGUAGUAAUAAAAUGUUUCCUAUUUGUACGUUUUCUUUGUUGUAAUAAAGUUUCUUUAGAGGCUGAUAAAGUUGCUUAUUGGGAGAAAAAAAAGGUGGGAGAUCUUGCAUCAACAAUAAAUGUCAUCUGUUUUUUGUUUUUUUUUCACCUGUGUCCUUCUCGUUGUUGUAGAUACAUCAAAAAAAAACAAAUAAAGUGAAUUCACUA